ACUGUCUGGAACCGCGUCGCUGCUUCCUGCCGUUUUUCGCUUUGCGCAACUUCAAUCAACGGAUAAUAUUAUACGUUCAUUGUAUUUAGCUUCACGCAAGCACCUGCCUAAACAGACAAGAAGUAUCACUUACGAUGCCGCCCGGUAAGCUUCUCAUCUUCUCACCUUCAACCCUACUCUGCUUUGUAACCAGAGCGCGCCUGGUUGCUGCAACACAUUUGAUAUCACGACAAUCGCGCCAAUCCUCCCCCAACCGCCAAAAUGCCGCGCCCAAAGACGUACAAACAAAAAGGACCCAAGAAGCUGAUCACUUCUGCAGCCAUCAGUGACGAUGAACAAUCCGAUACGAGCGACGUAAUCGCAAUCCCCCUCAAAGAGAAGCGUGCUAAGUCCCGAUCGGCCGAAUACCGAGACGACGUCCUCGAGACUAAGAACGAAGAGGAGGAUAUCCCGGAGAUUAAGGGCGACUUGAAUGGCGGCACCGCCAAAUCAAUCGCGAAGAGUGACGAAGACGAGAACGAUGAAGAUGCGGACGAGGACGAGGAUCUGGAGCCCGACGAGUUCGUCGUAGAGAAGAUCCUUGAUCAUCAGGUUGCCGAAGAUGGUACCGUCAACUUCCGCGUCAAGUGGGAAGGCUAUGAGAAGAAGGCCGACCAGACCUGGGAGCCCGAAGACAGCUUGAAGGAAGGCGCAUCCGAGAUCUUGGAGGAAUACCUGAGAAAGCUCGGUGGGCGCGAAGCGCUGUUUGAGGAGAAGUCCAAGGCCAAGGCCACAAAGAAGCGCGGUCGUCCUUCGGGAUCUUCGGCCACACCACCAGCAGCCACCAAGAAGUCCAAGCGAAACGGUCACCCUGCUGAGUCUACCCCUCCUGCGUCGGCAAAGGAGGCCAAGAGCAAAGCCUGGACUUUACCUAGCGGCAGCUGGGAAGAGGAGGUCGAGAGCAUUGACGCCUGUGAGGACGAGGAAUCUGGAUCGUUGAUCAUCUAUCUGAACUGGCGCAACGGCCAGAAGACUAAGCACUCCAAGGACGUCGUGUACAAGCGAUGCCCCCAAAAGAUGCUGCAAUUCUACGAAAGACACAUUCGCAUCAUCAAGGCGGGUCCCGAGCCCACGGAGGAGGCCCAGGUGUAGUACAAAAGCUUAGCGUUUAGGGGAAAUGGGGUUGAGGCUGAUGAUGCAUUUGUUAUCGUCGCGGGCUUUUGGGGAAUGUU